AUGCCGGAGCUGUAUGGUACUGCAGUGGAAGAGGUUACAGGUGUUCUGCACUCGGCCCAUCAGUGGGUCAACAUGACGGACGUUACUGUCCAGAUCAACGCCACACACACGGCCAGUACAUGUAAACCAGCUCUGGGUCACAGUUUUGCAGCGGGAACAACAGACGGAGGAGGAGACCUCAACUUUACUCAGGGCGCUGUGGAGGGCGACCCGUUCUGGGACGGGAUCAGAGAUGCUCUGGUGGGUGAGCCGUCCAAUCAGUCGCGGGCAUGUCAUCAUCCCAAACCCAUCCUUUUCAACACCGGGGAGAUGAACUGGCCUCUGCCCUGGCAUCCUCAGAUCGUUGACGUUCAGAUCAUCACCGUCGGCUCUGUAGCUGUGGUGGCCAUUCCUGGAGAGAUGACCACCAUGUCGGGGAGGAGGUUAAGAGAAGCCGUCAAACAGGAGCUGCAGUCGGAGGGUGCGUUCAGGGACUCGGAGGUGGUGAUCGCCGGCCUGAGUAACAGCUACACGCACUACAUCACCACCUUCGAAGAGUACCAGGUGCAGCGGUACGAAGGCGCGUCCACCAUCUACGGUCCGCACACGCUCAGUGCGUACCUGCAGAAAUACAGAGGGCUGGCCCGAGCCAUCGCACAGGACCGGGUGUUGGAGCUGCCGGUCGGCCCGGAGCCGCCUUUCUUUACGGAGAAACUCUUCAAUCUGCUUCCUGCACCGAGGAUUGACAGGAAACCCUUGAACACCAGCUUCGGAGACGUCCUGCAGCAGGUUCUCCCCGUCUACAGACCGGGGGAUGUUGUCUCCGUCACGUUCGUAGCAGGAAACCCAAGAAACUCUGGAGACAUCAGAGAUAAAACUUUUGUAACUGUUGAGAUUCACGACAACCGGACAAACACCUGGGAGGUCGUUUACACUGAUGCAUCAUGGGAAACCAGGUUUCAUUGGCUGAAGGGUUCGUUCCAGCGCAGUAAAGCUACCGUGGAUUGGUUCGUCCCGGCGGCAGCGCCCAGCGGCUCCUACAGGAUCAAACACUUCGGAAACUUCAAAGAGAAGAAGGACGUCUUCAAGCCGUACGAAGGGACGUCCGACGUUUUCACCGUCACCGACAGUUUUUACUACCAGUGACAUCAUCGUCUGCAGCGAGGGUCACUUGACGGGACUUUAGGAACAGCUGUAGAGAAAUUCAUUAUCAAGGGAGAAUAUUCUGACGAUUCAAACAUGUCUAUAAAUACUGGAAUCAAGAUAUCAAAUAUGAAUCAUGUGCUGCAAACUGAUUAAUGUAAUGUUGAAUAAACAUGUUGACUAAAAAGAAACACAAAAUGACAAAAAAAAGUUGAUUUGCAAAUAACAGCAAACAAAAAAUUUAAAAAGUGCAAAAACUUGCCAUUAAAUCGAAAUUGGCCGACAUUUCCCCAAAAAACAAAACUAGUUUAAAAGACCUGAACAAAUAAAAUUGAUAAAAAAAGAACUUUUUGAACGUUCAGUCCCAAAAAACGCGAUUCAUCUGGUGGUAGAAAAAUAUAACUUUAAGGAUUUCAUAAAGCUGGUGACUGUUUCCUCUGCUCUGGAAGAAACCUU